CUUAGGCUACAGUCCCACUGUGCACCGAGACCCUGGCGCUCUUCUGUAGCGCUAAGGAUACCCUAAACAUUGCCAGCGACCAGAUGCGAUGCGCGGGCAGCUGCGUUCUCAGAAUUAUGAACGUCCAUAGUCAAAUCGGCCUUUGAGAUGAAAAUGCUUUCUGUUUUCCAAACCUUGAAUAGGCGGAACAGACUCGUGACAGCAGGAGGCAGCACGAAGGGUUUACUGAGAGGCACAUAAACGCCGUUUUGAGUUUAGGUACUGGAUACUGUGUCCGUGUUAAAAGCUGGAACGUUAAAGGAAACCGCAUCGAGACUGGAAUUAUAACUUCUCGCAGUUCUCCAGCGCCCAAAGGAAAAUCCAUUCUCGCAUUUUAUUCGCGUGGAAAAUUAACUACCCUUGUGAUUGUGGAAAGUGGUUUUGCAGUUUUGUACAUACUGUUAUUGCAGCGGCGCUAGAUCGGAGACUGCGCUGCCGCCAUAUUGCAUCGAGGUAAAGCACCAGUGACUGACUGGCUGGGACUGAACUGACAAGAGAUCGGAGCUAGUGAGUUGGGGGGGCUGCUGCUGGUGACGCAGGAAAAACACCCAAGAGCAGACAAAAUCAAAGGAAGCGAGAUCAUCGUUACAGACAGAUUACGAACGAGAGCACUUAUACACGUUGAUGAAAUUCAUUUAUGAAACCCAAGCUUCUGGAGUAGUUGGUGAAUAGAAGGGAAGCCAUAUCUAAUUCCUGGUUAUGCAAUGGUCUCUGCAAAACUCCCGGUGCUUCAGGUGCUGCUUUCAUACACGGACGUGUGCUGGUUCUCCGCCAUCGCUGAGGAGCCCAUAGUUUCUUCCCUUGCGACAGCGACAUAAGCGGACAAAAUUGCAAAGAUCUGCCCCGUGUCGAGUAUGACCGCCACGACCCGUGGCUCUCCCGUGGGAGGCAAUGACAGCCAGGGCCAGGCUCCGGACGGGCAGACCCAGCCCCCUCUCCCCCAGAACCAGACGUCCUCCCCAAGCUCCUCCAAUGAGAACUCCCCGGUCAGCCCGCCAGAGGAGCAGGGCCAGGGCGACAGCCCCCCUCAGCUGGAGGAGGAGGAGCCCGCCUUCCCCCACACCGACCUGGCCAAGCUGGACGACAUGAUCAACCGACCCCGCUGGGUCGUUCCAGUUUUGCCAAAGGGCGAAUUAGAGGUUCUUCUCGAAGCUGCUAUUGAUCUUAGUAAAAAAGGACUUGACGUCAAGUGCGAAGCGUGCCAGAGGUUUUUCCGAGACGGCUUGACCAUUUCCUUUACUAAGAUCCUGACCGAUGAGGCAGUGAGUGGCUGGAAGUUUGAAAUUCAUAGGUGUAUAAUAAACAACACUCACCGCCUGGUAGAACUGUGUGUGGCCAAGCUCUCUCAGGACUGGUUCCCUCUUCUCGAGCUGCUGGCCAUGGCCAUGAACCCCCACUGCAAGUUCCACAUCUACAACGGGACCCGCCCCUCGGAGACGGUGCCCGCCGGGGUGCAGCUGGCGGAGGACGAGCUCUUCGCCCGACCGCCCGACCCACGUUCCCCCAAGGGCUGGCUGGUGGAUUUAAUAAACAAAUUUGGCACAUUAAACGGGUUUCAGACUCUGCACGAUCGCUUUAUGAGCGGCCAAGCACUGAACGUUCAGAUCAUUGCAGCACUCAUCAAGCCUUUCGGGCAGUGUUAUGAGUUUCUAACGUUGCACACAGUAAAGAAGUACUUCCUUCCAAUUAUAGAAAUGGUCCCCCAGUUUCUAGAAAACCUAACGGACGAGGAGUUGAAAAAGGAGGCCAAGAAUGAAGCCAAAAACGAUGCAUUGUCAAUGAUAAUCAAAUCGUUGAAGAACCUCGCUUCACGGGUACCAGGGCAAGAAGAAACAGUGAAAAACUUAGAAAUUUUUAGGUUAAAAAUGAUUCUUAGGUUAUUGCAAAUUUCGUCUUUUAAUGGAAAAAUGAAUGCACUAAAUGAAGUAAACAAGGUGAUAUCAAGUGUUUCCUAUUACACUCACCGGCAUGGCAAUCCAGAGGAGGAGGAGUGGCUGACUGCGGAGCGCAUGGCGGAGUGGAUCCAGCAGAAUAACAUCCUGUCCAUCGUGCUGAGGGACAGCCUCCACCAGCCGCAGUACGUGGAGAAGCUGGAGAAGAUCCUCCGCUUCGUCAUCAAGGAGAAGGCGCUGACGCUGCAGGACCUGGACAACAUCUGGGCGGCCCAGGCCGGCAAGCACGAAGCCAUCGUGAAGAACGUGCACGAUCUCCUGGCGAAGCUGGCCUGGGAUUUUUCCCCGGAGCAGCUCGACCACCUCUUCGACUGCUUCAAGGCGAGCUGGACGAACGCGAGUAAAAAGCAGCGGGAGAAGCUGCUGGAGCUGAUCCGCCGCCUGGCGGAGGACGACAAGGACGGGGUGAUGGCCCACAAGGUGCUGAACCUGCUGUGGAACCUGGCCCACAGCGACGACGUGCCCGUGGACAUCAUGGACCAGGCGCUCAGCGCGCACAUCAAGAUCCUGGACUACAGCUGCUCCCAGGACCGAGACACGCAGAAGAUCCAGUGGAUAGACCGCUUCAUCGAAGAGCUGCGAACCAACGACAAAUGGGUGAUUCCUGCACUGAAGCAGAUCCGAGAGAUCUGCAGCCUGUUCGGAGAAGCUCCUCAGAAUCUAAGAAAGAAAAUACCCAUUAACAUACAAAAGAGCUUAGUGGGUCAGACCCAGCGCAGCCCACACGUCUUCUACCGCCACGACCUGAUCAACCAACUGCAGCACAACCACGCCCUCGUCACCCUGGUGGCCGAGAACCUUUCCGCGUACAUGGAGAGCAUGAGGCAGUUUGCCAAAGCAGAGCACUCGGAGUUUGACCCACAGACAGUGAGGCCAGGCAGCCGGUACAGCCACGUGCAGGAGGUCCAGGAGAGACUCAACUUCCUGAGGUUUCUCCUGAAGGACGGCCAGCUGUGGCUGUGCGCGCCGCAGGCCAAGCAGAUCUGGAAGUGCCUGGCGGAGAACGCCGUCUUCCUGUGCGACCGCGAGGCCUGCUUCAAGUGGUACUCCAAGCUGAUGGGGGACGAGCCGGACCUGGACCCCGACAUCAACAAGGACUUCUUCGAGAACAACGUCCUCCAACUGGACCCCUCGCUCCUCACCGAAAACGGCAUGAAGUGCUUUGAGCGCUUCUUCAAAGCCGUCAACUGCAGGGAAGGAAAGCUGGUGGCCAAGCGCCGGGCGUACAUGAUGGACGACCUGGAGUUGAUAGGGCUGGAUUACAUGUGGAGGGUUGUGAUUCAAGGAAGCGAUGACAUUGCCAGUCGAGCAAUAGACCUGCUGAAAGAGAUCUACACAAACCUCGGACCAAAACUACAAGUCAAUCAGGUAGAGAUUCACGAAGACUUCAUCCAGUCCUGCUUCGACCGGCUGAAGGCCUCGUACGACACCCUGUGCGUGCUGGACGGGGACAAGGACAGCGUGAACUGCGCCCGGCAGGAGGCCAUCCGCAUGGUGAGGGUGCUGACCGUGCUCCGGGAGUACAUCAACGAGUGCGACAGCGACUACCACGAGGAGAGGACCAUCCUGCCCAUGUCCAGAGCGUUUCGGGGUAAGCACAUCACCCUGGUGGUGCGCUUCCCGAACCAGGGCCGGCAGGUGGACGACCUGGACAUCUGGUCGCACACCAACGACACGAUCGGCUCGGUGCGCCGCUGCAUCCUGACGCGGAUAAAGGCCAACAGCACCCACACCAAAGUGGAGCUGUUCAUCGGGGCGGACAUGAUCGAUCCGGCCGACGACAGGAAGCUGAUUGGCCAGCUCAACCUUAAAGACAAGACCUUAAUCACAGCCAAGCUCACCCAGGUCAGCUCCAACAUGCCCUCGAGUCCCGACAGCUCGUCGGACUCCUCCACCGGAUCUCCAGGCAACCACGGAAACCACUACAGCGACGGACCCAACCCUGAAGUAGAAAGCUGUCUUCCCGGAGUGAUUAUGUCCCUGCACCUCCGCUACAUCUCUUUCCUGUGGCAAGUAGCAGAUCUGGGCUGUAACCUGAACAUGCCCCUUCUGCGAGAUGGAGCCCGCGUCCUCAUGAAGCUCAUGCCCCCAGAUAACACUACAGUAGAGAACCUGCGCGCCAUCUGCCUGGAUCACGCCAAGCUGGGGGAGAACAGCCUCAGUCCCACGCUGGACUCCCGCUUCUUCGGCCCGUCGCCCUCCCAAGUGCUCUACCUGACCGAGGUGGUGUACGCCCUGCUCAUGCCCGCCAGCGGCACGCUGGGAGAGGACGCCAGCGACUUCCAGUACAACUUCCUGAAGAGCGGCGGCCUGCCCCUGGUCCUGAGCAUGCUCACCAGGAACAACUUCCUGCCCAACGCCGACAUGGAGACGAGGCGGGGCGCCUACCUGAACGCCCUGAAGAUCGCCAAGCUGCUCCUGACGGCCGUGGGCUUCGGCCACGUGAAGGCGGUGGCGGAGGCCUGCCAGCCGGGGGUGGAGGGAACGACUCCCGUCUCGCCAAUAAACCAGGCGACGCACGACCAGGCCCUGGUGCUCCAGAACGCCCUCCAGAACAUUCCCAACCCGUCGGCCGAGUGCAUGCUUCGCAACGUGGCCAUUCGGCUCGCCCAGCAGAUCUCGGACGAGAACUUCUUCCAGGCCUCUAAGUACAUCCCAGACAUCUGUGUGAUUAGGGCGGUGCAGAAGAUCGUCUGGGCCUCGGGUUGUGGGAGCGUCCAGCUCGUCUUCAGCUCCAACGAGGAGAUCAGCAAGAUCUAUGAGAAGACGAACGCCGGGAACGAGCCGGACGGCGAGGACGAGCAGGUGUGCUGCGAGGCCCUGGAGGUCAUGACCCUGUGCUUCGCCCUCAUCCCCACCGCGCUGGACGCCCUCAGCAAGGAGAAGGCCUGGCAGACCUUCAUCAUCGACCUGCUGCUGCACUGCCAGAGCAAGUCUGUCCGUCAGAUGGCUCAGGAGCAGUUUUUCCUCAUGGCAACGAGGUGUUGCAUGGGACACAGACCCCUCCUCUUCUUCAUCACCCUCCUCUUCACCGUUUUAGGUAGCACUGCGAAAGAGAGAGCCAAGCACGCGGGGGACUACUUCACUUUGUUAAGGCACUUACUGAACUACGCCUACAACAGCAACAUCAACUUGCCCAACGCUGAGGUCCUGCUCAACAACGAGAUCGACUGGUUAAAGAGGAUAAGGGAUGAAGUAAAACGGACAGGGGAGACAGGGGUGGAGGAGACCAUUCUGGAGGGACACCUGGGCGUCACGAAGGAGCUGCUGGCCUUCCAGACCCCGGAGAAGAAGUACUACAUCGGCUGCGAGAAGGGAGGCGCGAGCCUCAUCAAGGAGCUGAUCGAUGACUUCAUCUUCCCGGCCUCCAACGUGUACCUGCAGUACAUGAAGAGCGGCGAGUUCCCCGCCGAGCAGGCCAUCCCCGUCUGCAGCAGCCCCGCCACCAUCAACGCCGGCUUCGAGCUGCUCGUCGCGCUGGCCGUCGGCUGCGUGCGCAACCUCAAGCAGAUCGUCGACACGCUCACCGACAUGUACUACUUAGGUUGUGAAGCGCUUACAGAGUGGGAGUACCUGCCGCCGGUCGGGCCCCGGCCCACCAAAGGCUUCGUGGGGCUGAAGAACGCGGGGGCCACCUGCUACAUGAACUCGGUCAUCCAGCAGCUGUACAUGAUCCCGCCCAUCAGGAACGGCAUCCUGGCCAUCGAGGGCACGGGCAGCGACGUGGACGACGACAUGUCCGGGGACGAGAAGCAGGACAACGAGAGCAAUGUGGAUCCGCGGGAUGAGGUGUUCAGCUAUCAUCAGUUCGACGACAAGCCGUCUCUCAGCAAAUCGGAGGACAGGAAAGAGUACAACAUCGGCGUGCUGCGCCACCUGCAGGUCAUCUUCGGGCACCUGGCCGCCUCCCGGCUGCAGUAUUACGUGCCGCGAGGGUUCUGGAAGCAGUUCCGGUUAUGGGGUGAGCCGGUGAACCUCAGAGAGCAGCACGACGCCCUGGAGUUCUUCAACUCCCUGGUGGAUAGCCUGGACGAGGCCCUGAAGGCGCUCGGCCACCCGGCCAUGCUCAGCAAGGUCCUGGGAGGGUCCUUCGCCGAUCAGAAGAUCUGUCAGGGCUGUCCUCAUAGGUAUGAAUGCGAGGAGUCCUUCACAACGCUGAAUGUAGAUAUCAGGAACCAUCAAAACCUCCUGGAUUCGAUGGAGCAGUACGUCAAAGGGGACUUGCUGGAGGGUGCCAACGCCUACCACUGUGAGAAGUGCAACAAGAAGGUGGACACGGUGAAGCGGCUUCUCAUCAAGAAGCUGCCGCCGGUGCUGGCCAUCCAGCUGAAGCGCUUCGACUACGACUGGGAGCGGGAGUGCGCCAUCAAGUUCAACGACUACUUCGAGUUCCCGCGUGAGCUGGACAUGGAGCCCUACACGGUGGCGGGCGUGGCCAAGCUGGAGGGCGACGACGUCAACCCCGAGAACCAGGUGAUCCAGAACGAGCCGGCCGAGAACGAGCCCCCGCCGGGCGGCUCGCGGUACCGGCUGGUGGGCGUGCUGGUGCACAGCGGCCAGGCCAGCGGCGGCCACUACUACUCCUACAUCAUCCAGCGCAACGGCGGCGACGGCGAGCGGAACCGCUGGUACAAGUUCGACGACGGCGACGUCACCGAGUGCAAGAUGGACGACGACGAGGAGAUGAAGAACCAGUGCUUCGGCGGCGAGUACAUGGGCGAGGUCUUCGACCACAUGAUGAAGCGCAUGUCCUACCGGCGGCAGAAGCGCUGGUGGAACGCCUACAUCCUCUUCUACGAGCGCAUGGACUCCACCGACAAGGACAGCGAGCUGGUGAAGUACAUCUCGGAGCUGGCGCUCGGCGGCAAGCCGCACCAGGUCAAGAUGCCCGGCGCCAUCGAGUGCAGCGUGCGCAAGCAGAACGUUCAGUUCAUGCACAACCGCAUGCAGUACAGCCUGGAGUACUUCCAGUUUGUAAAGAAACUUCUGACCUGUAACAGUGUCUAUUUAAACCCCCCUCCCGGGCAAGAUCAUCUUUUGCCGGAAGCAGAGGAAAUGGCUAUGAUUAGCAUUCAGCUCGCUGCUAGGUUCCUGUUCAGCACAGGAUUCCACACAAAGAAAAUAGUCCGAGGCCCUGCCAGCGACUGGUACGAUGCCCUGUGCAUCCUCCUUCGCCACAGCAAGAAUGUACGCUACUGGUUUGCACACAACGUCCUGUUCGCCUACACCAACCGCUUCUCCGAGUACCUGCUGGAGUGCCCCAGCGCCGAAGUGAGGGGCGCCUUCGCCAAGCUCAUCGUCUUCCUCGCGCACUUCUCCCUGCAGGACGGACCCUGCCCGUCGCCGGUGGCCUCCCCAGGCCCGUCCAGCCAGGCCUCUGAUAACCUGAGCCUGAGUGACCACCUGCUGAGGGCGGUGCUGAACCUGCUCCGGAGGGAGGUGUCCGAGCACGGCCGGCACCUGCAGCAGUACUUCAACCUCUUCGUCAUGUACGCCAACCUGGGCGUGGCGGAGAAGACGCAGCUGCUGAAGCUGAGCGUGCCGGCCACCUUCAUGCUGGUGGCCCUGGACGAGGGCCCCGGCCCCCCCAUCAAGUACCAGUACGCUGAGCUGGGCAAGCUGUACACCCUGGUGUCUCAGCUGGUGCGCUGUUGCGAUGUAUCAUCGCGUAUGCAGUCUUCAAUCAACGGCAACCCGCCUCUUCCGAACCCGUACGGCGACCCCAACCUGUCGCAGCCCAUCAUGCCCCUGCAGCAGCUGGUGGCGGAGAUCCUGUUCGUGCGCACCAGCUACGUGAAGAAGAUCAUCGAGGACUGCAGCAACUCGGAGGAGACCAUCAAGCUGCUGCGCUUCAGCUGCUGGGAGAACCCGCAGUUCUCCUCCACCGUGCUGAGCGAGCUGCUGUGGCAGGUGGCAUACUCCUAUACCUAUGAACUCAGGCCUUACCUGGACCUGCUGUUGCAGAUCUUGCUCAUAGAGGACUCCUGGCAGACCCACAGGAUCCACAACGUGCUGAAGGGCAUCCCUGACGACAGAGACGGGCUCUUCGACACCAUCCAGCGCUCCAAAAACCACUACCAGAAGAGGGCCUACCAGUGUAUUAAGUGCAUGGUGGCUCUCUUCAGCAACUGCUCGGUAGCCUACCAGAUCCUGCAGAGCAACGGGGACCUGAAGAGGAAGUGGACGUGGGCGGUGGAGUGGCUGGGAGACGAGCUGGAGCGCAGGCCGUACUCGGGGAACCCCCAGUACACCUACAACAACUGGUCCCCGCCGGUGCAGAGCAACGAGACGUCCAACGGCUACUUCCUGGAGCGCUCCCACAGCGCCAGGAUGACCCUGGCCAAGGCCUGCGAGCUGUGUCCCGAGGAGUGUCACUUAACGAAGCAUGAGGUGCUGUCCGAAGAGGACGCUGCGCGGAAAUCGUCCUCGCCGCAGCGGCUUUUGCCAGGGGAGGUGACAGGACAGCAGCCGCACACUGAGCCUGAUGACCAGGAAGCACCUGAUGACCAUGACUCCUCCCCCCCUGAAGACACCACCCUCUACCCCCACUCCCCAGGAACACAGUAUCAGCAGCAGAAUAAUCACCCCCACGGCCAGCCCUACACGGGCCCAGCAGCACAGCACAUGAACAACCCCCAGCGCCCGGGCCCGCGAGCACAAGAGAACUGGGAGGGCGGCGAGGAGGUGGCCCCGACCCAGACGAAAGAGUAGCGCCGGGAUGGGCCCCCGCCCCCCUCCGCCCCGCGCACGUCCCCUUCCUCACCCGUUCUCUCCACCGAAGACUCGCGACCCAAGCGCAAGACCAGGCCUUACAGUUCGCCACCUCUCCAGGUCCCAUCGUGUCGACACUUUAACUCUUUGUAUUGAACCUGGAGCGGAGAGUCUACUCGCUGUCUGCCCUGCAGAGUAUAGCUGUCCGAGAUAUAACCCGCCUGCAGUGGAAAGUGUAUAGUGUCGUUAAUAAAACCAGGCCUGACGCUCAUGUGUAAAUGGCAAAGGUGUACAUAGUAUGUUUAUGUCUGACUGUUCAGUUCACACAGCAAGACUCUGUGUUGCUGUUGGAAACUUGCGGAUCUAUGGAAAAAAAAAAAUUAUAUAUAUAUAUAUAUCUACAAAGACAAAAAAACCCUUUUUGCUUUUAUGGCCUGUGCUCAACAGUGAGGUGUGGUCUGCCUUUCGGCAGUUUGGGUCAGCUCAGUCUAAGGAGAACAGGCAUUAAUCCAUGUCAGCCAACUAGAUCAUGCCAGAUCAACCACCUGGAGCUGGGUUUUGGGUAUGGGGGUAUUUGAAAUGGUUGGGUUAACCUUUGACACUUGGUUGAUGUGGAAAGCAGUGAUGUAAACGUUGCUCUAGAUCAUUCAUUGCCUUUCAUUCUGGUAUUAAUUCAGUCAUUUUUCGAAAAAAGCUCUAGUUAAAUAACGCUGUAACAUUUAGCAUGGCUUCACACCACAUUAGCGUAGCCCGAGGGGAAGUCUUUGAUCAUAACACUGCAGCAACUGUAGUCCCGAAUCGACAGCCUGUUUUUUGGGGGCUCUCCCUAUCCGUUUCCUCUCGCACAUCGACGGCGACCUUCCGAAAACCAACGUAAGCAUAAGUGGCUUUUUAAAUUGCACAUACAUUCUUCAGAUUUAACGUCUGAAAGUCAAGUUGUGGUGGGACGAUAAAACACAUUUUCAAUAAUAGGAAUUUUAAAAAGGAAAAAAAUAUAUAUAUGCAACAUUUUGCUAUGCCAGGAUUCCUGAAGCAUAACAGACUGUAGUUCGUGUGCUUAAUUUGUUUUUUUUUUUUUUUUUUUUUGUUUCUUUGGGAUAGAUCCAUCUCUUAGAUAAAUUUCUGGACACUUUCCAGUCACUGCACCACAGACAGUGGUGCAGUGAAGUGAAGGGCCUCGCCUCGAUUCCACACAUGCACAGUUCUACUUGAACACAGGCAUUGUCUUAGAACUCUUCACCUGUGGGGGAUAAAAAAAAGCAGGGUUGUAUCAUAAAAAUAACUGCUUGAUAGUCACGUUGCAACUGUUCUAGGUCUCGCUAAGUACAGCAUCAUUCUUUAGGAUUUAAAGGAAAUCAUCAGUAAAUACUGUAUUUAAUUGGUAACUUGAAUGUGUAUUUUUUUGGAUUUUGUUAAAUACCAAAUACCCUCCCCCCUGCAAAAGGAAAGAAUCAGCCCACCCCAUAGUAUAUUUAAAUAUUUUGCUGUUUUAUUUUAUAGAAAUUAUUUUGCUGAAUUUCACGAAGAAUAGAAUUUGAUUUAAGAGGAACAUUUUUGUCCUUGUGUUAUUUUUAAAGAGGAUAUUGACUGUACCGAGUUCUGCGCCCUGUUCUGCCGACUUUUGUUUUGGCCAUGGUGUGACGUUGAAUUCUGGAGCUACGGUCGCCAUGUGAAUUUUCACUCUGUGAAGUUUUUUUUGUGCACAGAAAUAUAAAAAAAAAAAUAAUAAUAAAAAAGCGUUGCGCCCAUUAGCAAGAAUAAAGACAAAUGGAAUCUUGACACUGUUAACGGUCUCAUAUUUUAUUUAUGGUACAUUGUAAAUACACUGUGCACGUAACAAAACCACGUGACGGAUCAUCGAAGGCGGGGAGCGUCUGAUCUGCGGAAGGCGGGAGGAGCGGAGGACACCUUUUCGGAGCGCGUGGAUUUGCGUGUGGAAGGGUUGGCCUGAAGAGUCUGCCAAAAACCAAAAAAAAAAACUUGGCCUAUGUAGGUGUCAUUUUUCCAUUGUGCUGUGUGGGCUCGUGGAGGAGCAUGCUGCAUGGAGCUAAGCAUGCUGGGAAAAGCGCAGCAGCUGGAGAACCUGGGGGGCUGUGUACAGAGACUGCCCCCCCCCCCCUCACGCAAAAUGCACCACAGGCCAUUUUGUUUUCACAUUCUGUUU